GAAAGUUUAUUGUGUUGAAGAUCAGAAACUCCCUUCACGGGUUGUACUCUACGAUGGUCUCAAGCACGGUAACGCUGGCAGUAAGAUAGUGCGCAUAAUUGGGUGCAAGUAGACAUCAUCCGCCACCAUCAUCAUGAUCAAAAAUCCCCGUCGCUGCACGCUACGGACGAUACUAAUAUAGCGCAUCAGUGGUUCACAAACUCGCAUGACGCCCCUCCCUAUCAGAUCCUCCGAAAAGUCUUCACUCGGCACGUUAAAGUUAUCUAAUCAAUCUGAGUGGAUCUACCCUCACAUCCUAUAAACCUUCCAUCCUCCCCCCCAUCAACUCCUCCACCAUGCGCUCCCCUCUGUUUGCAUGAACCUUUCUCUCAGUGCAUGAACUCCUCUCGAGAUUCACCAUGACCUCCCCAGAGAAAACCCCCGACAACGACCACGGCCAUGAAGUCCCCUCUUCAGCCGCCGACGCCGUCCGGGACAUCACAUCCCCCGGUGUCCAGCGCAUCAAGGCCAUGUCAGAGGUGAUUACCCUCACCGACCGCAUCUUCAUCUUCUUUGGCGUCUUCCUCAUCGCCUACGCCUACGGUCUCGACGGCACCGUGCGCUACGCCUACCAGCCCUCCGCGCUGAACAGCUUCGAGGAGCACUCGCUUCAAUCGUCCGUUAAUACCCUCCGCGCCGUCAUCGCAGCUGCUGCGCAACCUACUGCGGGAAAAAUCGCAGAUGUAUUUGGUCGUGUGGAACUCAUUUGCAUAUCUGUGUUCUUUUAUACCAUUGGCACGGUCAUUGAGGCUGCGGCGCAGAAUUUGGAUACGUACUCUGCUGGUGCGGUUAUUUACCAGAUCGGGUAUACCAUGAUUCUGUUACUUGUGGAAGUCAUCAUUGGAGAUAUCACUUCUGUUCGAUCGCGUUUGUUCUUUAGUUACAUCCCCGCUCUGCCCUUUAUCAUCAACACAUGGGUCAGCGGCGAUGUCACAGAAGCUGUCCUUGGAGCCACGACUUGGCGAUGGGGAAUCGGCAUGUGGUGCAUCAUCUACCCCGUCUGCGCCCUCCCUCUCAUCAUCAGUCUUCUCGUCGUUGGACACCGCGCAAAGAAGGCCGGCCACCUCGUCGGCUACCGCUCAUCAUUCCAACAGCUCGGCUUCAACAAACUAACCGUCGAGCUCUUCUGGCUUCUUGACAUCAUCGGCGUAAUCCUCCUCAUCGCCGUCUUCGCCCUCCUUCUCGUCCCCCUCACCAUCGCGGGAGGUUUCGAGAGUAAAUGGUCAGACCCUCAGGUCGUAGCCCCCCUUGUCAUCGGCUUCGUCUGCAUUCCCGUCUUCGUCGUAUGGGAGCUCCGCGCUCCUCACCCCUUGGUGCCCUUCCACCACAUGAAGGAUCGCUCCGUCUGGGCCCCCAUGGGAAUCGCAUGCAUGCUCAACUUUGCCUGGACAAUGCAGGGCGAUUAUCUCUACACCGUUCUCCAGGUCUCCUUCAACUUCAGCAUCAAGGCCGCUACACGGGUGCAGUCGCUCUACUCCUUCGCGAGUGUCAUCACCGGCACAAUUCUCGGUCUUAUCGUGUACAAGGUGCGCCGCUUCAAGGUCUUCAUCGUAGCAGGAACAUGCCUUUUCCUCGUCGCCUUCGGCCUUCUCAUCCGAUACCGCGGCGACCCCAGCUCCGACAACAAAUCUGGUGUCAUUGGUGCACAGAUUCUCCUCGGUAUCGCGGGUGGUAUGUUCCCAUACCCCGCGCAAGCCUCACUCCAAGCCUACGUUACCCACGAGCGACUCGCCGUCAUGACAGGUCUGUACCUCGCGCUGUACCAGGUCGGCUCGGCCUUUGGAAACGCCGUCUCCGGUGCCAUCUGGACCCAGGUUCUCCCUGUGCGACUUGCCCAGAGCUUCUCCAGCUUCGGAAACGAGACUCUCGCAGUGUACGCCUACUCUCAACCUCUGUCUGCCAUUCUCGACUUCCCUGUUGGUUCUGACGAGCGUGAUGCCAUGAUUGAUGCGUACAAGCAUGUUCAGCGCCUGCUUACCAUCACUGGUAUCUGUCUUUGUGUUCCUCUCAUCGCGUUCUCGCUGUGCUUGCGUAACCCCAAGCUCACCGAUCAGCAGAACUUGGUUGAGGACGAGAAGCCUGGUGCGGCUGCUGAGCGCUCUUCGGCAUCUGCUUAGAAAAGUCAAAAGUAUUCAAAGGUUGUAUGUAAUGAUGUAAUAUGGUAAUUGAUCUGGCCUGGGGCUAUUUGUUUAAUUUUCUGGUUCUCUGUGAACAUGUCAUGAAUUGAUCAACUUAGUUGAAGUUUAAUUGAUGCUCUGUGAGGUCAGUCGUCUUCUCAUCCC